CUAAUUUCUUUUCUUUAUUUGUAGAAAGUGAUGGAGAAUAAGAAAAAGAGAGCAACAAACUUUUAGAGGAAGUCAUAGGUUAAAAGCCCCAUAGCUUUUUCUUCCAUCACUUUCAUUCUUCUCUUCUCAUUCUUACAAACUUUGAGAGAGAAUUUAAGAGAUCUUGAUCAGAUCUUUUCUACUUGUGAAAAUCGAUUCUAAAUCUAUAUCAUAUAGAGAAACUCUAUAUAUCUUGAAGAUUCAGAAGAGAUGGGAAAUUACUACUCUAGAAGAAAUUCUAGGAAACACAUCACUACUGUUGCCUUGAUCAUCCUUCUUCUUCUUUUGUUUUUGUUUCUUUACGCUAAAGCUUCAUCAUCCUCUUCUCAUAAUAUACAUCAUCACUCAACUCAUGGAAGCUUGAAGAAACCUGGAAUUUUCGAUCCAAAGCUUCAUGAUCUUGACUCCAAUGCUGCGUCAAGAGGAUCAAAAUAUACUAAUUAUGAAGGUGGUGGUGAAGAUGUUUUUGAAGAUGGCAAGAGAAGGGUUUUCACAGGUCCUAAUCCUUUGCACAAUAGAUAAACUUUUGCUUUUACAAGUUUCUGUGAAUUUUUGUCUGAAUAAAACACAUUUGUGCAAACACAAACCAUAUUUAUUUACUUUUUUUCUUACACUGAUAUACACUAUAUUGUACGUUAUCUGCCGUGAUUGUAACUUAUGUGUUCUAGGAGAUCGAAGAGUGUUGAACAACGAGUCUCUGAAAAUAGUAAAUACUGCUUCUUGGUUU